AUGGACGCGACUGCAAUCCUGAGUGCCAUUGCCUGCGACGAGCAAGCACUCGGAUUCAUGGAGCACGUAACAAGACACGUCUCCAGCGUCCAGGACUACGUCCUGCAGCUCUUGCUCGAGGCCAAUGCUGGCACGGACUACUUCCAAAGGCAUGGCCUCCACGGCAUUCCAACCAAGGAGGAGUUUCGGAGGCUCCUCCCGAUCACCACCUACAGCGACAUGGAAGCGGACUUCCAGAGAUUAGCAGACGGGGACGAGUCGAAAACCAUUUGCGCUGCUCGAGUGCUAGAAAUGCUUACCAGGAAAGCACCGUACGCGAGCCGGGGAAAAUCCUUGCAGUUCUUCUACGUGAGAAAGCCCGGGAUCACAUCCGGCGGCGUCACCACCACCUCGGGCCUCAGUGGCUACUUCACAAGUCCAGCGUUUCGCCAACGCAAGCUCGACCCGGAGUCGGGCUACACGAGCCCGGACCAAGUGAUCCUCUGCGUCGACUAUCAGCAAGCGAGCUACUGCCACCUCCUCUGCGGCCUCACGCAAUCCCAGGAAGUCGUUUCCAUCGGCGCGGCCUUCGCCUCCACUCUUGUCCGAAGCCUCAAGGCUCUCAAGGAUCUCUGGCAAGAACUCUGCGUAGACAUCGAGACCGGCCGUGUGAAUGACAACAUCGUCUCGGACUUAUCCGUCAAACACGCCGUGAACGCUUUACUUAAGCCGGAUCCAAAGCUGGCGGCGCUCGUCCGGCGAGAGUGUAGCAAGAGCAACUGGCGCGGGAUUGUCCGCCGCCUCUGGCCGAGAGCACGGAUCAUCCAGGCCAUCGUCACGGGCUCCAUGCAGCAGUACGUGCCAGCGAUCGACUUCUUCAGCGAUGGCCUCCCGAUCGCCUCGUCCAUCUACGCCUCGUCCGAGUGUAGCACACUGGGAGUGAACUUAAGUCCAGUCUGCUCACCAUACGACGUCCGCUACUCUCCAUUCCCGUGCUUCGUCUACUACGAGUUCCUCCCCGUGAGCUCCAGUUCGAGCUCUUCGCCAAGCCGGGACGAUCUCGUGCAGCUCGCAGAGGUAGAGCUCGGGCGAGAGUACGAGCUUGUCAUCACCACCCGGGCCGGACUAUACCGCUACCGCGUCGGGGACGUGCUCAAGGUGGUGGGCUUCAAAAACUCGAUGCCGCAGUUCUCCUUCGUCGGCCGGGCGGGAGUUCUCUUGAGCGUCGACACGGACAAGACCGACGAGGUGGAGCUCCACACCGCCGUCACCACCGCCGCCGCGGUGAUGGCCAAGAGGAACCGCGGCGACGUCCGGCUCCUCGACUACACUAGUAGAGUCAACUUGUCGUCCCAGCCGGGCCACUACGUUGUCUAUUGGGAGCUCUCGUUGGAUGCCGCUAUGGAGUCCAUGGAGGCGGAGCUCCGCAAGUGCUGCUCGGUGAUGGAGGAAUCGCUGUCCGUGGUGUAUCGGCGGAACCGGCGAGAGGGCAGCGUUGGAGCGCUGGAGAUCAAGGUGGUCGAGCCGGGAACUUUCGACCGGAUAGUGGAUCAUGUUGUGUUUGUCGGUCAAGGGAGCAUCGGGCAGUACAAGACGCCGAGGUGUGCCAGAGAUCCGGCAGUACUUCGCAUUCUAGAGUCGAGCGUCGUGGAAAGUUCCCGGGCGAGAUAG